UAUAUGUAGAUUUCCCACAGCACAAUCACUAACAUUUUUUGAGGAUGGAGGACUUCCACAACCCUGAACUGCAGCAACAUGCUUGUGGAAGAGCAAUUGGAAGACGUGUAAGAACACGUGGUGGUGGUGGUGUUAGAGGAAGACAUAAUGGUGGAAGAGGUGGAAAGAGAAGAGUCAGAGUCUCUGAUGAAAUCAGAGCCACACUUGUGGAUCAUGUCAUAAAUCGUGGUUUUACAAUGGAAGAGGCUGGUCGAAGAGUACAGCCUAAUGUAAACAGGUCCACAGUGUCAUCAAUUGUGCAAACCUUUCGUAGGGAAAACAGAACCGCACAACAACCUCGCACUGGUGGCAGAGCAGCAGUAUUUAACCAUCAGCAAGAACAAGAAAUUUGCAACAUGAUCAUAGCCAACAAUUCCAUCAGGCUAAGAGAGAUCCAAAGUGCAAUCAUAAAUGACAAUAAUGUCUUCGCAAAUAUAAAUUCUGUCAGCAUUUCCACCAUAGACAGAGUUUUGAAAAGACAUCAAAUGACUAUGAAACAACUCUACAAGGUGCCAUUUGAGAGGAAUAGUGAAAGAGUGAAGGAGCUGCGGUACCAGUAUGUCCAGUACUCCUUUAAGGCCAGCAUAGACUGUUCUUGCUUCAACGCUGGCCUGAAGUGGCUGUGGUUGGAGGACACAGAGGGACAGGAAGCGCAGGGUGAGAAGAGAGGAGCAGAGGCUUGGCUUAAAGGAGGGAUGGAGGCAGAGAUGGAGAGGCUCACUACUAUGUGA